AUGAAACAUGUUGUGGAUCCAGUUGUGAAAAUUGUUCUUUUCAUCAAGGCAAGAGGUCUAAAUCACAGACAGUUUAUCACACCACAGGAAGAUAUCGGCUCGGAUCACAGUGAUGUUUUGGAUCAGACCGGUGUACGCUGGUUGAGUUUGGGGAAAGUUCUGAGACGUGUCUGGGGCCUGAAAACGGAAAUUUUACUGUUUUUGGAGAUCAAAGGGAAAGAUACAGAAUAUCCUCAACUCAGAGAACCCGAAUGGCUAUCAGACCUGGCGUUUGCAGUUGAUCUCUUUGAACAUUUGAAUGAAUUGAACACCAGACUUCAAGGGAAGGGCACUUUCGCUCACGAAAUGUACUCAACAGUGAAGGCAUUCAGGAUGAAGCUAAAACUGUUUUCUCGCCAGCUCAGUCAGAAUAUCACAACACACUUUCCAACACUGGAGACAAUGGCACCCCAGAUAAUGUCAACUGAGAAAUACACCAAUAUGAUAUCUACACUAGACAAUGAAUUUGCUCGUCCUUUUGCGGACUUCCAGAAACUUGCUGCUGAGUUUGAUAUCUUGUCAUUCCCGUUUACAGCUGACUUUGAAAAGGUGCCGGAUGCUCUACAGCUGGACUGGAUUGACCUGCAGUGUGCAUCUACUCUGAAAGAAAUUCCAAUCUGA